AUGGUGUGUGUGGUGGUAAACUGUGCUCCUGUGGCUUGGACACAAAUCUGGAUUUACAAUCUGGAGGUGCAGACAGAGGAGGUGCAGACAGAGGAGGUGCAGACAGAGGAGGUGCAGGCAGAGGAGGUGCAGGCAGAGGAGGUGCAGACAGAGGAGGUGCAGACAGAGGAGGUGCAGACAGAGGAGGUGCAGACAGAGGAGGUGCAGACAGAGGAGGUGCAGACAGAGGAGGUGAAGACAGAGGAGGUGCAGACAGAGGAGGUGCAGGAGGUGCAGACAGAGGAGGUGCAGACAGAGGAGGUGCAGACAGAGGAGGUGCAGACAGAGGAGGUGCAGACAGAGGAGGUGCAGACAGAGGAGGUGCAGACAGAGGAGGUGAAGACAGAGGAGGUGCAGACAGAGGAGGUGCAGGAGGUGCAGACAGAGGAGGUGCAGACAGAGGAGGUGCAGACAGAGGAGGUGCAGACAGAGGAGGUGCAGGCAGAGGAGGUGCAGGCAGAGGAGGUGCAGACAGAGGAGGUGCAGACAGAGGAGGUGUUGGUCUGA